CAGUUUAUAGUACAAACCAAUAGUAUUACCGGCUUAGUAGCAUCGCGUAAAUAAAUAUAAAUCAAUUUUAAUAUUUUUGUAUAUAUUGAUUUCUUUUUUCAUCAAAAAUAAACAUUUAUAAAUUUUAUCUUUCUCUAUUUUUUUUUACAUAUUUAUCUAUAAAAAUAUGCCUGUAGAACUAAACAGCUUAACGGAAGGGUGGCUAGAACUGGAAAGUGAUCCUGGACUUUUCACAUUAUUACUGGAAGACUUUGGUGUCAAAGGAGUACAAGUUGAAGAGAUUUAUGAUCUACACAAGCCUUUAGAAAGCCCAGUUUACGGAUUUAUAUUUUUAUUCCGAUGGAUAGAAGAGCGAAGGUCACGCCGAAAAUUUGUAGAUCAGAUAGAAAGUUUUGUCCGCGACGAAGAAACUAUAAACAAUAUAUUUUUUGCUCAACAAAUGGUCCCGAAUAGUUGUGCUACGCAUGCUUUACUUUCAAUUUUAUUAAAUUGUCCUAAUCUUCAUCUUGGAGAAACUUUAAGUCGUUUAAAGCAUCAUACCUUGGGUAUGAAUCCAGAGAACAAAGGUUGGGCAAUUGGAAAUACACCAGAAUUAGCUUGUGCCCACAACUCCCAUGCCAUACCACAGGCACGAAAGAAAACUGAUAAGAAUGCUGGUGUAUCUACAGGUCGCUUCACAGGUGAAGCAUAUCAUUUUGUUAGCUUUGUACCCAUAAAUGGACACUUGUUUGAGCUAGAUGGCCUCAAACCAUAUCCAACAGAUCAUGGACCAUGGGCUGCAGAUGAAGACUGGACUGAUAAAUUUAGAAGAGUUAUGGCAGAGAGACUGGGACGGGAUGCUGGUGAACAGGUUCAUGAUAUCAGAUUUAACUUGAUGGCUGUUGUACCUGAUAGAAGAAUAGCAUUAACACAGAAACUGAGUGCUCUGGAAUUAAAUCAAAAGAGAGUCAAAGAAGCGAUAUCAAAAAUUGGAAAACAUCUUAGACACUUAUUAUCUAAAAAUAGAGAAUAUAAUGAACAAGGGGAAUUGAUACAGACUACAACCGAGAGGCCUGUUAUAAAUGACAAUCUUGGCCAGAUCAGUGAGGAAAACAUUCUUUGCUCCCUAGAAUCAGCUCAGGUACAAUUGUAUGAUCUGGACUAUACUCAUCCUAUAACUAUUGAAAUUGGUGCAACAGAUCGACCACAGCAAGAUAAUAGUAUUGUUUUAGCUCCUCCUGUUGAACAAGGUGCUAUUGUGCGAUUUUUCACAGUAAACAGAGAAAAUCAAAUCGUCGGUGAUAUAUAUCCAACAUCUACAUCAGCUUUAAUGAAAAGCAAUGAUUUACCAAUACUGAUGGGAUGUGAAAGUACUCCAGAUCAGCCUUACAAACUAAAGAAAUUAUUGCUCACUCACACUGAACUGAAUGCUCUGAUGAGUAGCAUUGUCAGCGAGGUACAAUCGUGUCAACAGGCACUAAAUGACGAAAAUGAUAAAAGAGAUAUGUAUAAAGUGGACGACUGCCGGCGGACUCACAACUAUGAUGAGUUUAUAUGCACUUUCCUAUCAAUGCUUGCGGAACGCGGAGCCCUAGCAGAGCUGGUGACGGCGCAACUGGAGCGGGGCCGGACAGCCCGAGUGCGGCGCCGUCGACCGCGGCCAAGGCCUCGUGCCCGGCCCAGGCCUAGGCCCCGCGCUAGGAAAUAAUCUGAGAAAUCUCUAGGAAGUAGUCUGUAGUUACCGCUCGCCUUCACGUCAUCAUAGGUAAUUAAUGUGUUCAAGGUAAACUUUUAUUAAAAAGAGUAGAUCAACAUUGUAUAAUAUUCAACUAUAAAUUGAGAAAAAUAAAUUUUAGUUACAAUUUUAAAACCUAAUCUUCACGAUCCAACAGGUUUCCAUGACGCUUUAGUUACUGUAAAUUUUGCACUCUGGGUUUCUCUAUUAUUAUACAAAUGUUGAAAUAUUUCUGGACAACAGAUAUGGAUUACUAAGUAUAUGAUUUGGACAUACACUGUAUGAAUAUACACGCAAAUUGCCUUACGUUUUUCAAAUGUCAGGUAAAUUGUACAUAUAUACUUUUAUAAACAAAUAUUCCAAAUCAACAACAAACCAACACACUGAUAUUAAAAGUUUACCAUGAAUAUGCAUGUGUGUGUGUGUAUAAUACAUAAUUUAAAAAAAAAGCCAGGCAGCUUCUCUAUAAUUACACUCCUUUAUUAUUGUAAAACUAUAUACUUACAAAAAUGCAUCAGAUCUGUUUUGUACACUAAAUAAAACAAAAUUCAAA